AUGGCCAAAAUUGAUGUCUCAUUGCUCAUGUUUCCAAUGUUGCUGAUUUGCCUGACGAACUGCAACACAGUCAGGGUAGAGGCACGUCAUAUCCUGGAGACAUCAUUGCCUGAGGUACCUGAGCUUCCUAAGCCUGAGCUGCCACCACUUCCAAAGGUUGAGCUUCCACCAUUUCCUGAAAUUCCCAAUCUCCCAAAACCUGAGUUUCCUGAAUUGCCAAAGCCUGAACUGCCACCUUUUCCUCAUCUUCCUGAUGUGCUCCCCAAGCCCACAUUGCCUACCAUACCAACUCUUCCCAAGGACAUCACACCACCUGAGACAACUAAUACUCCUUAA